AACUGAGGUGCGUUACUUACCUGGAAGUGGCCAGCCCAAGGUAAAUCAAUCACGUAUAAUUCACAAAUGGUAUAUAUAAAGGAUGGGGGAAACUGUUCCAUCAUCUCUUAUCUUCACCUGCCGUUGAGACACAGAUACGAGUCAAGACCAAACUAUACUCAAAAUGAUGAAGAUAGUCGCCGCUCUUGUUGCCUGCCUGGCUGUUACCGCCUUUGCAGAGCCUACCGGUCUGUAUGGUGGAAUUGGCGGGUUGAAAGGAGGACUGGGCGGAAUUGGCUACGGAAUGGGUGGAUUGUACGGAGGCCUUGGAGGUCUGUACGGAGGCUAUGGAGGUCUGUACGGAGGCAUGGGAGGUCUAUACGGAGGCGUGGGAGGUCUAUACGGAGGCAUGGGAGGUCUAUACGAAGGCGUGGGAGGUCUAUACGGAGGCAUGGGAGGUCUGUACGGAGGACUUGGAGGCUAUGGUGGUCUCUACGGCGGAAUUGGAGGAUACGCAAUGGGAUUGGGAAAAGGUAUCGGCUAUUAUUGAGUUAUUAUCACCUGCAGUCAGAUGCUGGCUAUUUAUGUAUAUUCUCAAACCAAUGGAAUUGGUUCAAUAAAAUCUUGUCAUAUUUA